UGAGUAUGAAUGUUUGUCUUAUAUUUUGGCACCGCGAGUACUUGAAUCGCCUCGAUGGGUAUGUCCAGCUUCGACCAUUGUUGUUGUGGUCGUGCUCGUUGAGCCUACAUUACACGCCUUGAGUUGGGCCAGCGUUGGUCGCGUACGUUAUCACGCAAUCAUGUCAGAGAGCACGCAAUGAGCCCAACUUGGAUGUCGCCAUGUCUCGUCUCUCCCCGAGGUUCGCAGCGGAACCACUAUGGUGGAGAAUACAGUUGGUUUUGGGCUUGAGCACGUCUUCAGCGUACUCUUCAUGUGGGUGCAGAACAUUCCCAAGUCUCGGGGCAAAGAUUGCCAGUAGACUACAUCUAUUUGCACCCUUUCCAGCAAUCACAUAAUAUGGAGAUCCACCAUUUUGGUAAGGCCCCUGAUGCCAUUUGGACCCGCGAGCACACCAUAGAUAACCCCUCCAAUACCGGUCGAUCUGCGUAUUGGCAUUGGCGAUGGAGUCCAGGCUAGACGGGGAAAUGCAGAAUACGCGGUUGCUGUCAUUACAAUCAAGGGGAUAUUCGAUACAAACAGAGCCGACCCACGGCAAUGGUCCCCGAUACCCCUGUCUAUUGAUGAUUGGAAGUAUCUUCCUUUGACCAGGAGCCUUGGAUAUCAAUCUUCAGCUUUUUUUUCUAAUCCUUCUUUGGCCUGAUAUCAAACACGUCCUCAACAACAUGGGCUUCUUGCAUCUAUUCAGCUCGCUGGGCAUCUCAAGUCCUCCUAAAGAAUUGGGUGUCCCUAUUUUGUGCCAGGAUCCUGAAAAGGUCCCGGCGCGGCCGUCUAAGGUUGCCCCUCACCAACGUGUACUGCUGCUUCGGGGCCCGAGGCAACCAUAUGAGGAAGUUUCAGAUCACCCAACACCUUCACUUGAUGGUAAUCGGGAAUUUUUGGUUCGGAAUUUAGUUAUUGGGCUGAACCCAAUCGAUUGGAAGGCACCAGAUUUCAAUUUCGGUAUCCCAGAGUUGCCCUAUAUAUCGGGCCGGGAGCUGGUAGGAGAAGUUGCAAUCACCCCAAAACGAAAGUCACGGUUCAGACCUGGAGACAAGGUCAUUGUCAUCUCAACGGACUACCGGGACCUUCGCAAAGCGGCUUAUCAGGAGUAUGUCGUCGCCACUGAUUUCAAUGCCGCUCGGCUUCCCCCAAGAGUCUCCCCGGAAGCCGGGUCUGCCUUAGGCGUUGCCUUUGUGGCUGCAGCCCUCUGCCUUGGUAUUUGCGCGGGGCUUGACUUCUCCAGCAUCGCAAAUGGCCCGGAUCUGUUAUCCCUGGUGAGAGGUAUCGACCCCGAGAGGUUACCAGAGGAUAUCAGGGCUGAAUGUUCAAAUGGUAUCGACCGAGAGUCGCGGGCCAAAGAGGGCGAUUGGCUUGCCAUUUGGGGAGGCUCGUCCACAAGCGCCUACAUGAUAAACCAGAUAGCACGACUGGCUGGCCUCAGGACUAUCAGCGUUGUCGACGUGCGGAAACAUGCCGUCAAGCUGUCGGCGAACGACAUUACGAGACCGGAUAUCGUGGUGGACAACCAUGACCCUCAUCGAGCAAUUGAGAUUGUCAGAUCCGCCACUGGAAAGCGACUUCGGUUUGCUGUCGAUACAGUGGGACGGGAAACCGCAACGCAUUUAUUGGAAUGUCUGCAGCAGCAUUAUGCCAAUGAAGACGACCCACCCUCCGCCACAGAAUCAACACCUCAACCUGCACAUUUAAUCGGCCUAACGGGACUACCCAAGAGCUCCCCUCCUUCGAACGUCACUUUCCACAAUGUACCUAUCAAACUUUUCCACGAGGUGCCCGAGGUGGGCGAGAGCAUGAUGCUGUGGUUGGAACGGUUAUUAGCGACAGGGCUCCUGGUGCCACCUAACAUUUUGGGUGUCGAAGAAGGAUUCAGUUCGGUCAACCGGGCAUUGGACAGCAUGAGAAGGGGUGAGGUGAGUGGGGGAAGGCUGGUUGUCAAGAUUCCUUAGAUGUCGUUAGAACUAGACGCAUUUCGUUCGCGGUGUUCGGUGUUCAGGAAUAGUAAACCGCAAAAGAUAGAUUCUAGAUUGGGCCUUAGGCUGGUCAUGACUUGUCCCACUGGCAUGGAAUCACAUAUCUUGAACAACAGCCUUGCAUCAAUACCCAGAUACCUUAUCG